AUGUCCCGCCUCCCUCCGCCCUGUUGUCCCGCCGCACAACUCCUCCGCCGCUCCAGACCCCCCUCUCCCGCAUCCCGCUAUCCUCGCCAUGCCUCCACCAACACGUCUUGCCCCCGCCCCAGGCAACGGGCGUGGCUACGCAUCACCCUAGUCACUGCCCUCGCCGCCGCCAUUGGCGCCUACAUGCGUUCCCGGCAAGACUCGUCCGCCGCCGCCGCCGCCACCACCCUGAACCCCUCCACGUUCACAGAGUACGAGCUCGUCUCCAAAACCCCCGUCUCCUCGACAAGCAGCCUCUUCACCCUACGCCCCGUGAAGAGCGGGGCCAGCAGCGCCGUGCACAGAGAGGCCUGGCAGCGGGGCCUGUGGAGCGUGCAGUUCAAACAGCCGCAGCUGCAGAUCGGGAGAGAUUACACUCCCUUGCCACCCACCUUUGCUCAGUCGGAGGAGUCGGAGGAGUCGGAGGAGUCGGAUGGCGAAACGGCCGGCGACAGUGCCCUGCGCUUUCUGAUUCGCAGAGACCCGCUCGGAGAGGUGUCCGGAUAUCUGCACAACCUGCCUACGGGCGCGCGAGUCGAUGUCCGCGGCCCGCGGCUGGAGUAUGCCCUGCCGGCUGACGUCGAGGAGAUACUGUUCAUUGCGGGCGGGACGGGGAUUGCGCCGGGCCUUCAGGCUGCGGAGGAUUGUCUGGGUGGCGUCGGCGAUAGCAGUUCUGCCCGGUCAGCUCCUGGGUCGUCGAGCCCGUGGUGGAGGCGGAUUUUCAGCAGCAGCAGCAGCAGCAGCAGUAGGCCUGUCGCCGCCGAAGAUGCUGUGCCUGGGGGACGGGACCAUGCAGAGAGCAGCAGUGCCAGGGAAAACAUUACGGUGCGACAUCUAGAAGAGCUCAAGGCGAAGCACCCUGGCCUGCUUACGGUGGAUUACUUCGUGGAUGAAGAGGGGUCUUGGAUUGGCAAGGAGUCGAUCUUGGAUGUUACAAAUGCGGGAAAAGUUGCUGAAGAAGCCUCGCGGACGGAAACGAGUGCUCCGCGGGGGAAGCGCGUCAUCCUCAUAUCCGGCCCCGACGGGUUUAUAAGCUACCUGGCUGGUCCGAAGGUGUGGAGCGGCGGACAAGAGUUGCAGGGCCCGCUGCGGGGUAUUAUACGCCAGCUGGACCUGAAGGAUUGGUCUGUAUGGAAGCUGUGA